AUGAAGAACAACAGAUUUGCGUCUUACGGCUACGGCCUCGCGUUUCUUUUUCUUUUCCUCCACACCAUCAGCGGAGACGUGAUCUACUCUGUCCCAGAGGAAAUGAAACGUGGAUCUGUGAUUGGGAAUAUCGCCAAGGAUUUGGGACUUGGUUUGGGCCAGUUAUCUUCUCGUAAAGCACGCAUUGAUCUUGAGGAUAACAACGUUCAGCACUGCGACAUCAACCUUAACACUGGUGACUUGGUUGUUCAGGAGAGGAUUGACAGAGAAGGGCUUUGUGGCAAAAAGGCUUCGUGUGUUCUUAAACAAGAACUUGUGCUAGAAAACCCAUUAGAGCUACACCGUGUUAAUAUUCGUGUUUUAGAUGUUAAUGAUAAUUCGCCGCAGUUUAAUGAAGACUUGCUAAAAUUAGAAAUCCAGGAAUCGGCAGACAAGGGUGAACGUUUUCUUCUCGGGGAAGCACAUGAUGGAGACAUCAGUGAAAACGCUGUUCAAAGCUAUACUCUACAGCAGAAUGAACAUUUCAAAUUAAAUGUAAACACUAAACCUGGUGGACGAAAGUACUGUGAACUGGUCUUAGACAAAGAAUUAGAUAGAGAAGAUAAAAAAGACAUCAUGCUUUCGCUGACGGCAUAUGAUGGCGGCACUCCUCAGAGAUCAGGUACAGUAGUCAUACACGUCACUGUGCUGGAUGCUAAUGAUAAUGUACCAGUGUUUAGUCAGACUGUUUAUAAAGCCAGUGUGCCUGAAAACUCUCCUCUUGAUACCUUGGUGAUCACAUCGCUGUCUAAUCCAGUCCCAGAGAAUGUUUCACCUGGUACUGAGGUGGGCAUCAUUAAUGUGCAGGACAGAGACUCUGAGCAAAAUGGACAGGUCCACUGCUCGAUUCAACAAAACAUACCCUUUAAGUUAGUUCCUUCUAUCAAAAACUAUUAUUCUUUGGUGACGACUGGACAACUGGACCGUGAACUAGUGUCUGAUUACAACAUUACAAUCAUUGCCACUGACGAGGGCAGCCCGCCUCUGUCAUCCUCUAAAAGUAUUCACUUAUCUGUAGCAGACAUCAAUGACAACCCACCUGUGUUUGAGGAACAGUCGUACAGUGCAUAUGUGAGUGAAAAUAACAAAGCUGGCUCCACUUUAUGUUCCGUUAGUGCUCGAGACCCUGACUGGAGACAGAAUGGUACCGUGAUUUAUUCUCUGCUAGCUUCUGAGGUGAACCGGUCCCCGGUGUCUUCCUAUGUAUCUAUUAAUGGAGACACUGGAGUGAUCCAUGCUGUCAGAUCAUUUGAUUAUGAGCACUUGAGGAGUUUUAAAGUCCACGUCAUGGCCAGAGACAACGGAUCUCCACCACUGAGUAGCAACGUAAGUGUCAGUGUGUUCAUAUCGGAUGUGAAUGACAACUCUCCUCAGAUACUGUACCCCUCCCCAGAAGGCAACUCCUUCAUGACCGAGCUGGUCCCCAAAGCUGCACAUGGAGGCUCUGUGGUGUCCAAAGUGAUAGCGGUGGAUGCAGACUCCGGACAGAACGCCUGGCUGUCCUAUCAUAUAGUCAAGUCCACUGAUCCAGGACUUUUCACCAUUGGUCUCCACAGUGGAGAGAUCAGGACCCAGCGAGACAUUUCUGAAUCUGACAGCAUGAAACAGAACCUGAUUGUGGCAGUGAAAGAUAACGGACAGCCCCCUCUCUCUGCCACCUGCUCCAUGUAUUUACUUAUUUCUGAUAACUUGGCUGAGGUGCCAGAACUGAAGGACAUUUCUUAUGAUGAGAAGAAUUCCAAACUGACGUCUUAUCUGAUCAUCGCACUGGUGUCUGUGUCCACCUUCUUUCUGACCUUCAUCAUCAUCGUCCUCGGUGUGAGGUUUUGUCGCAGGAGAAAGCCCAGACUGUUGUUUGAUGGAGCAGUUGCCAUCCCCAGUGCUUAUCUUCCUCCUAAUUACGCAGAUGUUGAUGGAACAGGAACUUUAUGCAGCACCUACAACUAUGACGCCUACUUGACAACAGGUUCUAGAACCAGUGACUUUAAGUUUGUUUCUUCUUACAAUGACAACACGCUGCCAGCUGACCAGACUCUGAGGAAAAGUCCUUCUGACUUUGCUGAUGAACUUCAUGAUUCAUUUGACCCUUUAGAGGUAAGCAACAGCUUUCAAAUUUGA